AGUAUAGGAAACCUGAAUCACAAGCACAGAAUACUACAUAUUCUGUGUCACAAAUAUAAUGCCAAAUACUUGUGCCCGAGUCAAUUAUACUAAAAAUGUAUUAACUUAUAACACAGUCACAGUAUAUUUCACAGUGGUAUUUUCUACUGUGCUUAUUAUGUCGAAGUAAAAGUAAAGAGUAGAUACUGUGAUUGUUUAGUGUCGGUGUCGACUGGAGUAUAGUAAACAAACUUCUCAAAUUUUUAUAAACAUGUCUUUCUCCCCGAAAGAUUUCCCAUCAAUUUGUAGAAUUUGCUUAGCGGAUACUGAAGUGAUACCGUUUUCUGAGGAAACAUCGUUAUUAUAUUUAUUCACGUCUAUAACUGAUAUUCAGAUUGAAUCGCACGACAGCCUCCCAGAAAAUAUAUGUAAGAAGUGUUUAACCAAAAUUAAAGAAAUAUCGGCAUUUAUCUGUCUUUCAAAAUCAACCAAUACAACCCUUUUAAAAGACUUCGAAGAAGAAGUGGACCUCUAUUUACAAAAUCAAAGUGAAAUUAUGAUUGUAGAUGAUGGUAUUUCUGUUAAGAUUGAGGAACACAAUGAUUUUGCUUGCCAGACGAAAAAUAAUCAAUCGAAAAGAAAUCUCUCACUUUGCAAUGAACAUGAAGGCAAAACUACUAAUAUAUUCCCUUACAUUUGCCGGCUGUGUCUUGCAAAAAAGAACUUGAAAGUUUUUAAUGAACAUCAACAAUUGGUGAAUGUAUUCAGGAACAUAACUAAUUUACCGGUAUCACCUGUAGACAACCUUCUCAAACACAUAUGCUGUGAAUGUAUCGAGAAGCUGCAGAAUACUUUGGACUUUAUUGAAUUAGCAAAACUCAAUAAUAAACAACUUCACCACAUCUCAUCAACUCAGCAAAAUGUUGAAAAUUUAGAAGAAACCUGUGAUAAUACUGAAGAUGUUAACAGCACGAUCGAAACUGGAAGCAGAGAACAUUCUUCAGAGGGACUUGAGAAAAUUGUUUUAAUUAAUUCAAAUCAAAAUUCAGUAAUAGUUUCCGUAAAUGGUAACAAAGAAAUUGAUGAAGCGAACACACAUAGAAAAUGUGGUGACAGUUUCCCAACAACCACUGAAUUGGUUAAUCAUCCGAAGACAAAUUAUGGUUCAGAACAAGAUAAAAAUAACGGAAUAAGCACAUGGAAUUGUGAAGUCUGCGAUGAAGGUUUGUACAUUUUUUGAGCAAUUUUGCAUACAACUUUGAAAAAAAUAACCAAAAGUUGGAAUAUAUUAUUUGAAAUCAAAGUGGGCUUUAUCAACAGAAUACAAAAUCUAGUAAAAUAUGU